GGGCAUCCCUGUCACCGCCCCAGGAACCGACGCGUUGCUGGCGCAGCUAUCGAUGAUUGUCGCGAAGCUGCCCCGACCACUCGAACACACCAACAUGUCGACAAUAACGCAGAACGCCUCCCAGAGCUCCUACCCCCCCACGCUGCCCAAGGACUUCAACGCGAACCAGCCCAAGACAAUCCGCCUGUACCCCCUCAGCAACUACACCUUCGGCACCAAAGAUGGCCAGCCCGAAGAGGACCCGUCGGUGCUCGCGCGCCUGAAGCGCCUGGAGGAGCACUACACCGAGCACGGGAUGCGGCGCACGAGCGAAGCGAUCCUGGUGUGCCACGAGCACAACCACCCGCACAUCCUGAUGCUGCAGAUCGCCAACGCCUUCUUCAAGCUCCCCGGCGACUACCUGCGCCCCGAGGACGACGAGAUCGAGGGCUUCAAGGCCCGCCUCAACGAGCGCCUGGCCCCCGUCGGCACCCAGUUCACCGGCGAAGGCGUCAACGACGAGUGGCAGGUCGGCGACACGCUGGCUCAGUGGUGGCGCCCUAACUUCGAGACGUUUAUGUAUCCGUUCAUCCCGGCGCACGUCACGCGGCCCAAGGAGUGCAAGAAGCUGUAUUUCAUACAGCUGCCCCGUAGCAAAGUCCUCAGCGUCCCCAAAAACAUGAAGCUCCUCGCGGUCCCGCUCUUCGAACUCUACGACAACACGGCACGCUACGGACCCCAGCUGUCCGCCAUCCCGCACCUGCUGUCGCGCUACAACUUCGAGUUUGUCGAUGAGGAGGGCAAUGUCGCGGCGACGACGCCCGGCGUGGGGCCGCCAGAGGGCAGUCUCAGGGCGAAGGUGCUGGCGGGCGGUGAGGAUGUGAAUAUGCAGCAGAAUGGGGAUGAGGCGAGUGAUGUCACAGUUUCGUAGUCUGGUGGGGAGGUGCGAGGCGUUUGGCGUUUGGGAGGUUUGGCAAAAGCGUGGAUCUGUUGGGGUAUAGCAUAUCCCAGGUGGUCGGCGAUGAUGUGGUGGACAUGGGACGAGGCAUUGAAUCGAUGACCUGUCAUGGCGGUGCAAGUGCUGAUCACUGACAGCGCAGUCAGAAGAGACGUGAGUUCAAUUAAACUUUCCAUUCAAAGCGGAGUAUGAGUAUGCAAUACAAAAACCACCC